AUGUCGUUAAAUUUCGUGCCCAAACGAAAUGAAGAUAUACCAGAAUAUAAAAAAGAUAUACUAGACAAGCUCCUGACUGUAUUUGAUCCUAAAACAGCGAUCGGUUUCGUUAACCCUAAACCAUUCGAACCGAGACGGCAUUUAACACUUGAAGAUCUUUUGAAUGUUAAUAAUGAUCAACGUGAUAAACACUUUCAGCGACUGCGUUCGAUGGAAUAUUAUCAGACCAUAACGCAGUCGCUUUCUCGACUCGAUCUUGAAGCAUCCUAUCAGGCAUUUAUUCGAGGUCAAAUUGCACGCAAACCAUGUGAUCGAGAUGAAAUUGAACAAAUCGCACGUACUGACGCAGACAUCAAUGCCGUGGAUUAUUGUUUCAAGUCGCCGUCGGUAGCAGCGUCACAUCCAUUACAGGCUCAUUUAUUAUUCCAUUCGUCUAAACUCAAUGAACAUAAAGCGAAUUUAAUCAAAUCAGCCAAUGCAAAUAAAACAUUGAAACAAUUAAAUGAAAAUCUUCACUUAAGGCAGUUUUUCCCUGAAACAUUCGUGACGAAUUCGAGCUGUUCACAGCGAGAGAAAGAUUCAUCGAUUAAUCAACAAAUUCAUCAUCAACAACGUUCAAUGCAUGUGAAGUGUAGAGAUAGAAAGUAUCAUGUGAAAUUUUUGAAAGAUUUCCAAUCGCACGCGAAUUUAUCAUUGCCACCGACAAAUCGUGCGGAUUUAACCAAAACAAUUGAAUCGUUCUCUGAUGAGGAAAUCUCAUCAAGAGCUGAUCUUGCCGUGACUUCCGAUGUGCAUCGUGAAAGUUAUCCACCACUGUCUUUAUCUGCUUUGGAAGAAUGUCGGCCUACAUUAAUGCCAACAUCUGCAUUAACCUCAUCGACUCGUAGUAGAAAACCAAAAGAUGACUUUAUAUGGGAAAAAUCGAUUGUUUCAUCAAAACACGAAUGA